AGGGGUUGGGGGACGGACCGGGGGAAGGGGUUGGGGGACGGACAGGGGGAAGGGGCGAUGAAGAAGGAGCAGGUGCUGCGCUGCCAGUUGUCCGUCUGGUUCCCGCUCUUCCGGCAAUGCACCAUCCGCAGCAUUAUCCUGCCACUCCCGCAAGAUGUCACCGAUUAUUUACUGGAUGAUGGGACUCUGGUAGUUUCUGGGAGAAAUGAAGCCCCAAGUUGUUCACAAACGAAUGAAGACAGUGACGAGGAGCAGGAUGUGCAGUGGUCAGAUGAUGAGAAUGUGACGACACUUACGGCUCCAGAGUUCCCAGACUUUGCAGCACAGGUGCAGGAAGCUAUAAACUCUCUUGGAGGCAUCGUUUUUCCAAAGCUUAACUGGAGUGCGCCGAGGGACGCGGCGUGGAUCGCCAUGAACGGCUCUCUCAAGUGCAAUAACCUGAGUGACAUCUUCCUGCUCCUGAAGAGCUCUGACUUCAUCACGCACGACUUGACUCAGCCAUUUCUCCACUGCACUGACGAUUCACCAGACCCCAAAAUAGACACUCAGCUGGUUCUCCGGAAAUGGUGUGAACUGAUCCCUGGAGGAGAGUUCAGAUGUUUUGUCAAAGAGAAUAAAUUAAUAGGAGUCACACAGAGAGAUCACACGCAAUAUUAUGACCACGUCUGCCGUCAAGAAGCCACCAUCCUUGGUUCCAUAGUAGACUUCUUUAAAGAUAAAGUACAAUACAAGUUUCCCGAUGAGGAUUUUGUGUUUGAUAUAUACAGAGACAGUCAGGGCCGGGUGUGGAUCAUCGACUUUAACCCGUUUGGGGAAGUCACCAACUCGUUGCUGUUCACCUGGGAGGAGCUGAUGUCUGGACAGAACCUCAGUGAGGGAGCUCAAGCCGACCUGGAUGGGCCGGUGUUCCGCUACAUCACCAGUGAGAUGACCGUCCAGCCCAGCCCUUAUUUAAGCUACCGCUUGCCAAAGGACUUUGUCGACCUGUCGAGAGGCGAAGAUGCCCACAAACUCAUCGAUUUUCUCAAGCUGACGAGAAAUCAAGAACCGGAGAGCUCUGAUGAGGAGGACUAGCGGAAAAACCUCCUGGGAAAAUUGUCAAUACAAAUGGAAAGGUGUGAAUUAACUUUCGUCCGAAUGUCUUGAGGCGUGAGUGUCGCUCGGCGCUGACUGUGACAAAGCUUUAUACCGAUUAAGUUUAAAAGACGUUGACUGGUUUUAAACGGAUCAAGAGGCUGAUGCAGCACAAUUGUAAAGAUUAUAAAACAAAUUGAAUCGCGAGUGUGAUACUUUUCGAAGAUAACUAUAUGUUAUUGAAGACGUCUGUAUAUCUAUGAAUAUGGUAAAUUCCUGCACAAUUAAAAUUGUAUCAAUCGGAA